CUAGUACCUAGUGAGCUGGUGUGUGUUUUUACGUCGCAUGUGACACCAGAGGGCGUAACGGGAGUGAAGGGAGGCUUCAUUUUGAUUUGAAGCUGUUUGAGGAUGCACGCAAGGACAAGAAAGAAGCGUGAGAGCACAGUGUGAGAGCUGAUCUUCCCAAAGCUGUGUCUGCUGGGUUGGACACACUGAGUGGGUGUGUGAGGGUGGGUGUUUGUAUGGAUGCGCUUGACUGCAUGCAGACUUAGGACCCCGGCCUGAUGGAGAAGAGAGACAGGAAGCCGGGAUAUUUUGCAAGGUUGAAGAGGCGGAGGCAGCUCAAGCAGAGCCAAUCGGAGAAGAGUGUGAAUGAGCAGAAUCCAGCAAUCAUCUCCUGUCAAGACGCCCCAAAUGACGGCAACCCCAACAAGAAGACAGACCCGCAGAGAAUAACAGCGAAGCCACCUGCAGGCUCAGAUGAUGGCUGUAAAAGUAACAAUCAGGCAAAGAGGGAGAAGAAGAGGCCACCUGGGACAGUGGAGUUCAGUGUGGGACCUAAUGACUCCCUCAACAGCAUCGCACUCAAGUUCAACAUCACCCCAAACAAACUGGUCCAGCUGAACAAGCUCUUCUCUCGCAGUGUCUACCCCGGUCAGAAACUGUUUGUCCCCGACGUGAGCCAGGCAGAAACUGACCAUAAGUCUGAGAGUUCAUCCAAUCCCUCCUGCACAAAUGGCUUAUCAGAGAACGCAUCACAUGACGGCAUGUCAAACUGCAUGUCAGCAAAAUCCCUCCGGCGUGAGCUCUCCCCAAACUCUGAGGACGAGAGCCCAGCGACGGUUAAAUUCAUCAAGAUGAGCUGCAAAUAUUUCACUGAUGGCAUGGGAGUGGUGGGAGGCGUGCUGAUCGUAACACCCAACAACAUCAUGUUUGACCCCCACAAGUCAGACCCCCUGGUGAUCGAGCACGGCUGCGAGGAGUACGGCCUGAUCUGCCCCAUGGAGGAGGUCGUGUCCGUGGCGCUGUAUGACGACGUGUCGCGCAUGAAGCUCAAAGAUGCUCUGCCUUCAGACCUACCCGAGGAUUUGUGUCCUGUGUACAGGCCCGGCGAGUGGGAGCAACUGCCUUCAGAACAGGAUCUGAACCCCUUUAGCCGCUAUGAAGCUCUCGAUCCAAAGCGACCAAUCGUCUUGGACGACAUCGAAUCAACCCUCUCAGAAACUGCGAGCACAGAGGGCGAGCAGACAGAGAAGUCUCCAUCAGACGAAGGAUUCACAGAUUUGGAGCCUACUGUCAACAGGAGCACUGAAGAGGCCGAGGCCACGUCCUCCAAAACAACCAACACUAUCAGCAGGGACCAAAAGGAACUAGGACCAAGCUGCCCAGGCCGGGGAGACCUCCAGGAGAAGUCGAUGCUUAGUCACACUAAAGGGAAGCUGGAUGAUGAAGAGGAUGAGGGCGUAGCUCAGAACAGCUCCAUCGAGGAUGGAGAGUCGAUACAAUCCUCCUCAGAGACUGAAAAACAGGGUGAUAAACCUUCAAGCCAAGAGGUAACUGAAACCAAAGAAACAAAACCUAAAGGGACCGAAGAGCUGCUAAAUGGUGCACAUGAUAAAAUAAUCAGCGCACCAGUGGACCAAAACAGGAAGCUGAGUCUGAAGGAGGCUUCGGAGGUUUGUGGAAACUCUGGUCCGAAGAGACAAAGCCCAGACAGACCAGCAUGUGGGGCUGAACUCAGUGAGGAGGAGAGACGGAAGAAAAGCUAUGAGGCAGAAGUGAAGUCGUGGCUGCUGGAGAGGAUGCAGGCUCCAAUAGAAGACAUGCUUUUCUCAUCAGAGGAGAAGAGUAAAAACCCACCUAUGUUCCUGUGCUUCAAAGUGGGAAAGCCAAUGAGGAAGUCCUUUGCCUCUGGGAUGACCUCUAGUCCCGCCCACUCAUUUGGGGGCCGGGGUAAACAGCCAGAGUACUGGUUUGCUGUGCCACAAGAAAGGGUGGACCAUCUGUACGCAUUUUUCGUCCAGUGGUCUCCAGAUGUGUACGGGAAGGAGGCUCGAGAGCAGGGCUUUGUUGUGGUGGAGAAAGAUGAGCUAGACAUGAUAGACAACUUCUUCAGUGACCCUGCAUCUUGCAGCUGGGAGAUCAUCACCAUUGAUGAGGCUAAGCGUAGGCAGAGUUUCGGCAGCUGUGACGGAGACUCUGUGGAUGCACUGCCAAUACUCAAUGAUACCAGUGAUCUGAUGCAGGACACGCACAUCGAGAAGCUCGCCUGUCGCCUGCCAGCACGUGUGCAGGGUUACCCCUGGAGACUGGCAUACAGCACUGUGAAACAUGGGACCAGCCUGAAGACUCUGUACAGGAGCUUGGCAGACGUGGACAGUCCCGUGCUGCUGGUCGUCAAAGACAUGGAUAACCAGAUAUUUGGGGCGUUCUCGACUCAUCCCUUCAGAGUGAGUGAAUACUGCUAUGGCACAGGAGAGACAUUCCUGUACAGCUUCUGUCCUGAGAUCAAGGUGUACCGCUGGACGGGGGAGAAUUCUUACUUUGUGAAGGGCAAUACGGAUUCUCUGCAGAUGGGAGGAGGAGGUGGUCAGCUGGGUCUGUGGCUGGACGCUGAGCUGUACCGAGGCACCACCACCAAAUGCGCCACCUUCAACAACCAGCCACUCUCCGCCCAGCAGGACUUCAACAUCCACAGUCUGGAGGUCUGGACCUUCGAGUAGCCUCACCUGCCUCCUAGCUACGUCUACAUUCACUCUCCGCUCCUUCAAUCACACCCCAAGUCUAUUACGCACCACUUGGAGGCAAAACCUCGCUGCCCCGCAAUGACACUAAAUGUUCUGUGAGAGGAAACGGAAAGCAGCCUGCGCAGUUGUUACUGAAAACGGAACAGAAAGCCUCCUGCAUCUCUCCUGAGAAAAUGUCGUUGCUCUCGGUUCAUUGGCUGCCUUAGACAUCCGACAACGCCUCCAGCUUUCCCAGCAUGCAGACUGCCUUACCACCAUAAGCUUAUGAGGAGAGAGGAGAGAGAAGAGGAAGGCUGCUGACGUUACUUCUGCGGUUAAUCCCCAAAAAGAACAGAUUUUAGGUGUGUAUGAAAGAAGCGUUCCCGUAUUGCUGUAGGUUACAGGACGAAUGAUCUUUUUUUAAUUUUUUUUUAUGACGCAAUGAAUUUCAAACAUGAAGGAAAUGGAAAUUGCCAGGGAGAUUUUGGAUCCUCCGCCGUUCGAUUAUCAUUCAUUGCGGGAAAUAUCUGUAAUUGUUUACAACGGGAAGAGUUGCUCUUCCCCCGAAGGCCGUCUUGUUUUCUCAUUUUGAGUUUUUAGAUGAACUGAAUGAGAAUGUCCCAUUUGCAUUUCCUCACAACUACAUUUUUUUGUUUUCAUUCCCCCUGUACAAUCCAAAACGUAGUGGUUAAACCAGGAAACAUUUGCAAUGACCAAAUAUGUUCUAUUUUAAUUUCAUAUGUUGUGAGCUCAUCAUAUUUUAUUAAAUAUUUUAGAGUUUUUAUUUUUACAUGUUAUUUUUACAUUCGUUUUUUUUUAUUAAUAAUGCUCAGUUGUUUUUUUUAAUGGUUGUACUUUUAUAGAAAUGUUGUGUUAAAUAUUUCUGUUUCUGAUUGGACCUUAACAAGCAGUAGAAAUGUGCUGUCAGUAUUCAUAUUGCACACGGACUAUUUUUUUUAAAAUCUCUUUUGAUUUUCAUUUGUGGUCGUUGUCGUUCAGAGAGUCACAGCCAGUAGAAAUUUGAAUGUGAUGUCACUUUGCACUACAGGAUUAAUUGACAGUUAAUGCUGUGUCGUGGCUCUACGUAAUGAAGCAUUUCUUCAGUGUGAAA